CUCGCUGUGUGCCCUCCUCAGUUAUUCUACAAUGAGUGCCAAGUCUGCUAUCAGCAAGGAAAUUUUUGCACCUCUUGAUGAAAGGAUGCUGGGAGCUGUCCAAGUCAAGAGGAGGACAAAGAAAAAGAUUCCUUUCUUGGCAACCGGGGGUCAAGGAGAAUAUUUAACAUAUAUCUGCCUGUCAGUAACAAACAAGAAACCCACACAAGCAUCCAUCACGAAGGUCAAACAGUUUGAAGGCUCCACGUCGUUCGUGCGGAGAUCACAGUGGAUGCUUGAGCAACUUCGCCAGGUUAAUGGCAUCGAUCCUAAUCGGGAUUCUGCAGAGUUUGAUUUGUUGUUUGAAAACGCAUUUGACCAGUGGGUAGCCAGCACAGCCUCAGAAAAAUGCACCUUCUUCCAGAUCCUCCACCACACCUGCCAGAGGUACCUCACGGACAGGAAGCCGGAGUUUAUUAACUGCCAGUCCAAAAUCAUGGGAGGGAACAGCAUCCUCCAUUCGGCGGCCGAUAGUGUGACCAGCGCCGUACAGAAAGCAAGCCAGGCCUUGAACGAGCGCGGGGAGCGGUUAGGCCGAGCAGAGGAGAAGACGGAAGACAUGAAGAACAGCGCCCAGCAGUUCGCGGAAACUGCACACAAGCUUGCCAUGAAGCACAAGUGUUGAGAAACUGCCUGUCAACGGCGAUGACCCUCUCGAGAGAAAUGGAAGAGUUUGCUCAGCAGUUUUUACAAGAACUCCGGACCUCUGCUUGCUUCUUUUUUUCUCCCCCCGCCCAGUAUGCGGACAUUUAGGUUUUUUUGCUUUUCCCCUUUCAGACGUUAACAUGAAAGAAAAGACGUUGUGUUUAUACAUUUCACUAGGAUCGCGCUAAGAAAUGCGGCGGUGGCAUCAGCUUCGUUCGGUGUUUUAUUUUUUUCCACUGCACGUUUGUAUGUGUGUCUCCAUAUGUGUCUUCUCUUCUCUUUAACUUUUUUUUUUUAAGUAGUUUGGAUAUGAAAUUUGGAGCACAUGCUAUGCUGAGCUGGGUCUAAACUGGCAACAACAUGUUGUUGUCUUUUUCUUCUUGAUAUUAAACCAGAGGGGCGCCCGGCUGGCCCAGUCAGCAGAGCAUGCAACUCUUGAUCUUGGGGUCAUCAGUUCAAACCCCACUUUGGGUGUAGAGAUGACUUAAAAAGAAAAAAUGGGAUGUUAAGCUGGAAGACCUUUUCACAUGGUGACAUCAGAUGUUCUUGUUGCUGUUUGGAAAUCAGAGUCAAGCAGUGACUGUCAUUUUGUCAUUGCUUCUCUCAGUCUCCUAGCCACUCCUAACUUGAAGGUUAAGAUUCUGUAUCUUGAAACAUAAGUCUGUAUUAUGGCAAACAAUUGGAUUUAUCAGGGGAAACAGCAGUCUUAGAUUUUUGCUUUUUAUAUGGUAAUGUUUUGCAUGAGCCAUCACCAGCAUUCAAAAAAAAAAAAAAAAAAGAAACACACAAAAUCAGAAUGGCAGAUAGAAAUCUACUUUCUGAGCUACAGUUUAAAUACUUCCAGUACUUGUUUCCAUGCUGAUUAUUUGCAGUUUUCAUAGGAAGGGUAAAAACUUGAGAUCAAAGACGUAAGGAAAAGCCUAUUUAAAAACCUCUGUGCGUUCAUGGAUGUCUCUUUCUUUUGUCAUUGGCCCAAAUUAUGGCAGCUGAUAUUGAAAAGAGCUUGGAUUUUUAUCAAGAAUUGAUUUGUCCAGAUGAAGGCCUGUGUGAAUGAUAAUGUGAAAAGAUACUACAUUUAAAAUCUCUCUUCUUAUUACAAAGUCAUGCCUAUUUUAGAAACACCCUCACCAUAUCACCUUCAGUGUCUCUCUAUCUGAUUUUUGGAGGUUCUGAUGUUGUUAUUUGCUAUCUAUUUAUUUAAUGUAAUUUAAAGUGCAGGUGUCUUGACAAAUUGUAUUUCAUGGCCAUUGCAACUUGCCCGGUCUGACAUAAAACAUGCUCGUGAAGCCUUUAGACUGCAGUCAGAUCGAAUAAAGUUGGCUCCCACACGUCCUGAUUUUGCGUUACUCCCAAGAGUGCUGGGUUCGGAGUCUGGGAGUUUUCUUUCUCUGAGGAUUAAAUGCUAAACUUUAAAUCUGCGCUCCAUCUUCGUGAAACAAGGAGGCAAGCUGCACAUCCCAGACACAGUCUCAGCCUCCCACUGCAGUGCAUUGAUCUUUAAGCUGCCUGAACCUUCAGGACCCUUUUCUGAUCCUCCUACCCAUUGAGCCGACUGAGUCCAUGCAUUGUAGCCUCUUACACGGCAGUCCAAGAUGACUUUGGGGUUAUUUAUGCUGACUUCAAUAGCUUAAUUUCUCCUGAUAAAGCAUUCCCUGGGAAACAAAGUUGGGCUAUAGGGGAAAAAAAAAAAAGUUAUCUUAGACAGUACAUGUCAAAAGGGAGAUGAGGUUUGCUGGAGACAAAUUUCUGAAUCCUCUUAGGAAGAUGGUCCAGUUCAAGAAAACUCUCUAAAAUUAAUAUGGUAAAUUAUGCAAGUUUACUAUAAUAUUUUGUACUUUCAGUGUCUAAAAAGGUCAGAGAAGCAAAGAACUUGCUAUCUAUCUGAUGAGUACCAUUACAAGCAUUUAUAAUUUCUAAGAAAAUCCCAAAAUAUCACUCAAAAUGGGUUUUGUUUGCAGUCCUCAGUUCAGAAAGCACACAAACACAUGGAUAUAUUCAUCUUCCAAAAUUGGAUUCCAGCUUCAGAGAUAGAUAGUUGGUAUAAAUAAUUGAAAGGGUAAAUCUAAAACCUCCCAACAAUUGGCCGGACUUGAAAAUAAAAUUUGUUGCCAACUAUCUAACAAGGGUGUUUGCAGAGCUGCUUCUAAAGUAGCAGAGGAUGAGGUCGUAAGCAUACUGUGAAAUUGGAGCUUCUUCCUCCCUGGUAGAAUUGUGAUAGCUACUCUUAAUAAAUGUUAAGUAUUCUGAAUCUUGCCUUCUUACUUCACUCUCUGUUUAUCCUUUUAGACUUCAGUCUUACUGGAAAUAGCUUGGAUUAGAAGAACACCUCUAUUAGCUCCCUCUAUUGAUUCGCUUCCAGGGCGUGGCCAUGCCCUUGACCCCCCUGGGUCAACGCCCUACCUAGGCCCCCGCCCCAGCGAGGCCAGAACCCCCAGCUUCUGUCUUUCCUCCACCUCCUGACCUCUUGCAGAGCUGCCCCGUGAUGACACACGUGAAGUUCUUUGCUAUCCUUUUGUAGAAGGUGCUGUGAUACAAAAUAUAAGUCUAACCUAGAGGAAAUUGCUAAAAUGUCACAUUCUUUGGGACCAAUUUGUUGGGUGAAGCUGCUAGAAGACAAUUAAUUUGUUUCACUUCUGCACUUCAUUAUGAGUUUUGGGGAUACUCUAUCUCUGUGAAGGACUUCUUCAAUUGUACUGACAACACGUAGAGAAAAGAAGCUUCCUAGUAUUACCCCUUCUUCCUGGAACGUAGCCGUCCAUAGUAGUCCUCACCUAGUAUUAGAUAAUCUGCACACAGGACGUAUACAGUUAUUCAGGUUAAUGUUUCAUAUUAAAGAAUGUAUUUGUAAAAUGUAACAAGAUCAGUAGUUAACUUUUUUUAAGCUCUGAAAAAACAAAGAUUGUGUUAGACUUACAAAUACAGUGAAAUCUGUCUUAAUACUACUACUUUGUGGCUAACAAAGGUUGUGCAUUUAUGUAAAAAUAUUUACAGAAUGCCCUCAAUAAGGGAUAAUAAAGAUAGGUUUUGCUUUUCAUUUUUAGAAUCAUAACACCGCUGUUGUCUGUGGUACAGUUAUUAAUUCUUCAGAAGUUUCUCUAGGAUGUCAAAUAUAAUUUUUGUUUCUUUCAGAGACAAGUUAACACCUGCUCUAUGAUUCGUGAUUACAGUUAACUCUAAUUUUGUCAUUAAAUAUUUUAACUCUGU